AUGGCCCAUUACCUUGAUCCAAGAUUGAAGUCCAGGUCCACUCAAACCCAACAAGAAGACCUCGAGCCCACCAAGCAAGUCCAUCGUAAGCUAGCUAACUGCCAUCCGAGCUAUUCCGGUCGACGUAAAGACGAGCUCCAGCUCGAUCAAGGACCAGGUCGGCACUGCGAAGAAAGACGAAAUCAAAGAAGAUCUCCUUCAAAUCUGGUCUGGUCCGAGAUCACCGGGAUCGUUAGCUGUACGUGGCGAGAUAAGCGGAGGUGGACCGGAGCUACUUCUGGAGCUAUAAAAGAAGCCUGA